AUGUGCACCUCGACAAUCCGCACGUACAAAUGCGGCUGCGUCUACGACGAGUGCACAACGCGAUGCCCCGAGUCCCACACCAACCCUGCCAGCACCACGGACCAAGAGUCCUGUCCCGGGGUGGUCGUGGAGCGGAUCGGCGUGGUGGACGGAUCGUGCGAGGAGUGCGCGCGGCUGGAGGAGGAGCCCGUGGAGGUAUACUCGGACGGGGCGGUGUCCGAGUCAGAUGCUGCCGACGUCACCUACGAGCAUCUGAACAGUCCGGCGGCAGGCCCCAACACCGUGCCUUAUGCCUCCGGGAUGUGGGAGCGGGAGCGCCUGGUUAUGUAUGACUUUAAGGACUGGGUAAAGUCGAGGACGGGCCGGGAAGGUCACGGUAAGAUGCAGCAGCAGCAGCAGGGCGGGAAUGCGGGCCGCGGGAAUAGUCCCCCCCAGCCGCCGCCGCCACCGCCUUCGGAUGAUGGGCUUGAUGAUGAUGAUGAUAAACAGUGA